UGUUGUAUACCUUGAGCCAUCUGUGCUGCUCUCUUUCAGAAAUGGCAUUGCUACAAGAUACUCAACUCCCAGAGCGAUUCUUGAACUUCCUUCCUCUGUAUAUCGGUGUUGAACUGAUCCUGGGUGUUGGUAUCAUCAACAAACUCUCAGGUGUAUAUGGUAUCCUUUCCCUAUUCACGGGCCACCCUUUGGAAUUCAUGCAAUGGAUCUUCUAUAUCUCGUCCAUACUGUGUGUUGUGUUUUACGGUGUCGGUCUCUGGACUAUUCUCGACCCGAAAGUUCGCCAGUUUGCAGCUGUGGUGGUUAUCUAUUCAAUUGAUACGCUUGUCAGUUUAUUCUUCAUCUUCUGGUUUGCAUUUGAAUGGUUUGUUAAUGAAGACGUGAAGAUCGAAAAAGUGCCAGGCCAGGAUUACUCGAAGAGUGCUUCACAGGCUUAUGAAUAUGGAUGGAUCAUACUUGUGACAGCGACGGUCAUUGUAUCCAGGUUCUACUUCAAUUUAGUCCUCGUUAGCUUCUAUAAGAAGUUGAUCAAGUACAAGAAGAACUUGGGAUUGCCUGCAAUAGAAACUGAUGUUGAUUUGAACUUGAAAAGUCAAGCCAAGUGGAAGCAGUUGCUGUACAGAUUUGAAUUUGCAUGCUAUAAACUGCUAACACAGUUGGUUUAGGAAACCUUAGAGGACAUGUGUGAAACGCAACGAAAAGAAUAGAACA